AUGGGUGACGACGAUUGGCCGUCGCAACGUUUCCGGGACCACGUCAUUAAUCGGUUGGAACCUGAGUUGGCCCGGAAUCGACAGAAUGCUCCGAAUUUACCAGUACCCGGUGAUGCUCGUCAGGUUGAAGAAUAUGUGUUUCAUAAAUGUAAUAGCAAGGAUGAAUACAUGCGGACGAUUGCAAAAGUUAUAAAUGCGAUCAACUGUAACUCUAAAUCGACGGCUGUCCCUUCGGUGUUGCAGUCGUCACAGUAUCAAUCGAAUCAAUCUGCCCAACAUAGUUAUCGAGCACCUGGUGUGCCACCCGAUCCUCAACCCACCCACCAGCAACAUCAACAGAACAUCAUGCCUCAACAAAACUCGUCAUCUGCAGUCUCAUCGGGUGGAAUAAAUGCGUCCGGAAUAUCCGUCUCGCCGCAACAACAAGCCCAACAACAGGCCAUACAAGCAUCACCUCUAGGCGCACAUCAUCCAUCAGUGCCACAUCAAACGAAUACACCCCCCUACAGCAUGAUGCCAUCGCCUGCACCUCCUGCCCAGCCGUCACCCACCCAUCAACUAUAUGGUCAGCGAAUGACGAUCAAUAAAUCUGAUCAACAGAAAAUGAUGAUGAGUAAUGCGGGUAAUGCAGCUAACACUAACGGUACCAAUGAAUUAACUCAACGUGAAGCAAUGAUGCAUCGAAUGUGGAAGCAGCAACAACACCAAGACAUUCCUUACGCACCUCCUUCCAGCAUGGGUCCGAAUACGUACAUGGAUCCGAUGCAUGCAUCCACGUCGUAUCUCUCUUCCGGAAUACCCUGCUCUCAAGUACAACAAUCCCCUAAUCAACCUCCACCACCUCAUUUAUCUUCACAACCCCAACCCCAGCAACAGCCAUCCCUUCUUGAAAACCUCAUUAAUUCACCUCAGUUCGGCUCGCAGCCAAACCAGCCGCCCUCGUCGAGUCGACCGUUAAAUAUGGCUAGUCAAACCGUUGUCGAUAUGCCUCGACCAAAUUCCAACCUUACAACUGCACAACAAAGCGAACAGCGUUUAUAUAUGGAAAAACUGCAUGCAUUAAAGCCAUAUUGCGAGCCACUGCGAGCACGAGCUCAGCAGUGUCGUAUGGACGGUAACGAAAGUGCUGCACAAAAAUUUGAGACGAUGUGCAAUGUUAUCGAAGGAAGAUCGCGAGUAUCUUUCGAAUAUUUGCAACAGGUGGAAACGUGGAUCUAUAAAAAACACGACUUUUUGCAUGCCGCAAUGGUGCAGUCGCCGGUGGUGUCGGGAGCGUCAGUGCAGUCAGUGGUCGCAGCGCAACAGCAGCAAGCGAUGCAACAGUCAGUGGCCCCAUUGCAGCAGUCACAACCUCAGCCUUUAGUUGAUGCCGUGAAUGCGGUCCUUCUGAACGGUGACUCUCAAGGUGGCUGUUAUUCUGAUCGCAUUCAGUCUCAACCACAAAUCGGCACUUCCUCCUCGAAUAGCAACUCAAAUGGAUUAGGUAUAAAUGCAUCGAAUUUAAUCAGUGUGCAGGCAACUUCUGCUGUAUCCUCAUCAGUGUCAUCCACGGUGACAGUAUCCACCAAUCAAUGGCAGUCACACAACGGUACGAAUGCUCUUUCAGCUAGCACUUUGGUACCGUCCUCAACCCAACAGCUACAGUUGUUAUCACCGAGUAUGAGUAAUGUUGUCAACACGUCCAGUAUGAACGCCGCAAUAUCGAACAAUGCUCAAUUGCCUCAUUUAGCACACUUAUCACAUUUCAAUCAAUUGAACUCCACUAUGCCUAAUAGCCCAUCCGCUCCGCCGUCGCAUCAUCCCAUUGAUCACACACCAACAUCAUCAUAUCAACGCCAUUCACCUUAUCCUCAUCCACCCACCCCGAUCAGAUCACAGCAACAACUACAACAUAUUUCACCUCGAAUGGCUUCUUCAAAUUACGCUCCUUUCUCAAAACGUCGAAAACAACCGGUGCCUCCGACAGCAAUCUCUCAGCCACCGCCUUCAGUGGUUGAACCAAGUCGGGGAAAUGCUCUUCCACCGGUGGACAAUGGCAGUGGAGUUGAGGAUUUAUAUGUGAUGGAUGAUUUCCUGCCCACUCCUCUGGAAGCAAUGCCUAAUAAUGGUCUAUCGCAAUUCGGCGCGCAAUUACCUGAAGCAGCUAGACGUGAACUGUUGGCAUUGAGCGAACGUUUCACAGUUGAUCCCUCUAUUGAACUAGCUCCUACCUCUACUGCUGUCAUUGUGAAAUGCAAUCUGAAUUCAUACCCUGUCCCACCACUGCGACUGGUCAUUCCAAGGACAUAUCCCAACGGACAGUUGUCUGUAGAUCGUGCGGUACUCGACCUUGAUUCAUUUUUCUUCGACGACCUACAAAAUGUUAUUCAUGAGCGGCUUGCAAGGCCAGGACUUAGCACGAUUAGCGAUUAUCUAGAAAAUUGGGAAUCAAUUGUACGUAGUUAUUAUAUGGGUCAACAGCAACAAACGUCAGUGCCAGCAUCUUUCGACGAUAUAUUCCAAACGACUAACUUUGACGACAUUUUAUCAUAA